AAAUACAGCCGGACCUGCUAUAAAAGUUAGCUCCGAGCGGUUUCCUUCAAAUCGCUUCAGGUUUUGCUCUGACGUGCUCGUAGCUUUUCCCUCUCCGAAUCGGUAGAAAACUCCCGUUUGCCAACGCAUCUUUAGAUCAAAGAUAACCAUACGUUGAAAAAUGGUGCUCACAAUGUUUGAGUUGGUACUCUUCGUUAUCCCCUUCUGUCUUGGACGUAUCAUGGAUUCUCCACCAGCUCAAGAACUGGGAAAAGGCAAAAUAUAUCUGCUUAACAAGGAUGCUUCGAAACGAGCACUCCAACCAGCUUUGAAUAUUCGGAAUGGACCUGCCGAAUUCUUAGAUAUCAUGGCCGGCGAUAACAAGUUCCUGGAAUGUGAAGCUGGUGGGACCCCUCCCCCAACCAUUCACUGGCUGAAGGAUGGUCAAAAGAUUCCUCAGAAUUUAUAUGAAGCCAUACAUCCAUCUGCCCGAGACAACGAGGUCAUGGAAACAACUCUGGGCCUAGGCUUUACACGUUCACGAUUGUAUAUUGAUUGUGCCACACCAAACGACGCUGGAAGAUAUACCUGCGUUGCUGAAAAUGAUUAUAUUCGUACGUUCAAGAGCAGCCAAGUGUUUGUAGGUGGCACAUUGGAAUCUGAUAAUGACGCCAUCUGCCUGGCCAAAAAAACAUUCGGUUCUCCUGCACGCAUUCAUAUGUGGACUCACACAAGAUUAGAACUGAUGGGCAGUGACGUGCAAUUGUUCUGCAGACCUACCGGAGAUCCCCAGCCCCAUGUUGUAUGGAGAGGACCAAACAACAAUGUUCUCAACAAUUCCAAGAAAUACGAGAUUAUGUCUAAUGGUGAUUUGAUUGUCCGCAACAUCAUGUGGUCUGACAUGGGUGGCUACAGCUGUCAAACCAAAAAUUCUGAAGGAUCUGACGAGGCUUUGGUUUUCUUGUACCCAACAAUGCCUGACAACGAAGCUGAUAUGUGAAACACAUACACACAUGCUUUCCUGAACGAUGUCCAAACAGACUUUCCCAUCAUCCUUCCAGCUCAUUAAAAUUAUGUUUUACUUUCUACGUUUAUGAUUACACUAUAUAUAGAUUCCUUCAUAAUUUUUGAGUUUUUUCAUUGAAUUUUCAAAGAAGCUUACAAAUGCAUCGCUGUAAAUCGAAAAUCGUUCACGUGUAACUUUUAACGUUAAAGUAUUUAUUAUUCCACAGAAGAAGCUGUGUAAUUAGCUAGUCAAGAUUUAAAAAAAAAAGUUUCAUGAAAUAUUCUUAAAGAAGAAUACGGUGAGAAAGAAGGAGGUGGUGAGGAUUUGAACAUCGUAUUAAUUUUUUUUUUUUUCAUAUGUUCGUUUAUGUAGUGUUAGAUUCAACUUAGAUGUAGAUGACAAUAUUCUAUUUAAAUUUUUGGAUGACGAUCAUUAUUAAUAUUCUUGUGUAAAAGUUGCUUGAUUAUUUUGUAUCUAAAAAUGUUUCAUUUGUAUUAUUGCUGAAUUAAAUCACAAAUUGGAACAUCA